AUGGAACAGGAUCAAUGUUGGAUGCAGACAAAGAGGAAGUACUCUGUGGGUUCUAGUCUUAAUUUGCCAACUAACCUUUCCUAUGGUGACUCAUGGGAAGAACAAGCUUUUGCAGAAGAUGCAGCUGGGUCUCUUGGUGGUUGCAUAUGGCCACCAAGAUCAUAUUCUUGCAGCUUUUGCAGAAGAGAAUUCAGGUCAGCACAAGCACUAGGUGGCCAUAUGAAUGUUCAUAGAAGAGAUAGAGCAAGAUUAAAACAACCCUCUAGUCCCAAGAAUAAUGAAAUUCUAUAUCAUGACCUUGAAACUAAUCACCACCACAAGCCAGUUCCAAAUCCUUUUGCAUCUUUGGGUUAUCUAUACCCUUCUCCUCCUGUUUGUGGAUUGGAUUAUAAAACUAACCCUAAUUCUGAUCCUGAUUUUCUUGCUUCAACUUCAUCACCCUCACCUUCCAAGGCUUUAGCCCCAUCAGUUAAUGGAAACUCCAUAAGGGAAACCCUGAUUCCACUUUAUAAUUCUUCUAUUCUCCACAAUGUUGCCUCUGUCAAUUCUUCUGAAUCAUGGCCAACUUUACCUGGAGAUCACAGAUUAUAUUCACCUAAGUUCCACCCUGAAGCUGAUAUUAGGAAAUUCUCAAAGGGAAUAAUGGAUUCUAGGUGUAGGUGUAAGGGUGAUAAUAAUGAUGAUACUGAUGUGCCUAUGAGUUUGAAUUUGGUUGUGUGUAGAGCUCACCCAUCUUUGCAGUUUGAGACUAAAGAUGAAGAUAUCAAUUGCAAGAAGAGGAAAACAGAUGCUUCCUCAAUUCCAAUUUUCCCAAAGUCAAACUCUGUUGAUAGACAUCAUAUGCAACCCCAGAUGUUUGAAUUAAACUCUAGUUCCAUUGAAGAGCUAGAUCUGGAGUUAAGGCUUGGUAACAGGUCUUAA